AUGGCAGAGGAAAUGGCUAAAGUUAUCAGCUUAAAUCUAUUAGUGAAAAGAAUAACAAAAAGACAAACCAAUCGUGCAAAUCCUUUUACAGAUUCGGAUAAUAAUAAAAUAUCAGAAAUAAACGUUGAACGUUAUUAUCGAACUACAAUAUUCAUUCCAUAUGUAGAUUUUUUUAUUGUUCAAUUAGAAGAAAGAUUUAUUGCACACAAAAAAAUUUUUAAAGGAUUUGAGACUAUUUUUUCAAAAAAUCAGUUUUUAAAUACAAGUGAAAUUGAAUCCUUUAAAAAUCUGGCAGAUUUUUAUUCACCACACAUAAAUAAAGACAACAGUUUAGCUGAACUAAAAAUCUGA